AUCAUCAUCAUCAUCAUCACUGGUGUGUAUGAACGCCUUUCACACUCACAGCAGCAGCACGAGGAUUUCUGAGAGAAUGAAUCACAAGAGCUCAGUGUGUCCAAUGGACAGAUCCAUUUAAACAAGCACACCGGCGGACUGAAGGUUGUCUCCAGCUCCCUGUGAUCACUAGCGUAUGUCGUUCCCCUGAUCCGCUCUGUUAUGAUGUCGAGGUACCAUCAGCGUUUUGAGCGGGAUUUCCGCGGCAUGUGGGAACGGCGAGAACGCUGUGCCAUCAACAACAGCUGUGGCGGAACCGUUAACGGCUGCAUCUCUACACCUGCUUCUUCUGUCGCCAGUGGCAACAAUCGUCCCGGGCUCCUCCCUUUGCCCGUUAUCCCCUCACUGCUGCCCACACCAGUCACCGGGACAAACAGCACGCCCAACAACGAUCUGACCUGCAAGCGAUUAGCGCCCACCUGUACAACCACCACAACGAAGGUCUCUGUGCAGCCAUCGGCAGAUGCGCAGACGCAGGGCCAAGUCCUCGCUAAUAGUGUCCGGUGGGGACAAAUGCCCAUUAACCAGUCCACGCCCUGGGAUACGGAUGAGCCACCCGCCAAACAGAUGAGGGAGAAAGAUAUCACAGCUCCUCUUUGGCCGCCAGUCGCCGCUGCGGUCAGCCAGCCUGGACUGAUGGCACACACGUAUGCCAUGCCACAGGCACCAGCCUACAGCCAGGGGGUGACCGUCCAAGCACCCAUCAUUGGUGUGACCCCUGCACUCCAGACUCCUGUAGGCCCCCCUCACCCUCAUCUGCCCACCCACUACCAGAUCCCUCAGCAACCCUCACAGCCGAUGGCCAGCAUGGUGCUCAAUGUUCAGAGCCAACCGCUCGCUGUCGGCAGCCUGCCGCCCAUGCCCAGUGUCUGCCAGCUUACACAUCCCAUCCACACGGUAGGGGGCAACAGUCACAUGACACAUCCUAUGGUGCAAUCCAGCACCUCGACACUGCCCAGCAAUAGACCGCUGACGAAUGGACAACCAAUCUCUCAAAACCUUCAAGAGACCAUCAACGGCCUGCAGAUGCUCAGAACUGUUGGAUUGGGGAAAUACGAAUUCACAGACCCUUUGCAUCCUAAAGAAAUGUUGAAGGAAUUGAACGAGCAGCGGCACGAGAAAGACUUUACAGACCUGAAAAUAGUAGUUGAAGGCAAAGAGUUUGAAGUCCAUCAAAAUGUUCUAGCUUCCUGCAGCUUGUAUUUCAAGGACAUGAUUAAAAGGUUAUCAGCGGAGAACAGAAAUGGUGAGAAGAUGAAGUUGACGUUGAGUAGCAUCAGUGCGGAUGUUCUGGAACUUCUCUUGGAGUUUGUCUACACCGGCUCACUUAUUAUCAACUCGGCCAACGCCAAGACUUUACUGGAGGCAGCGAACAAGUUUCAGUUCAACACCUUCUGCAAAGUCUGUGUGUCUUUUCUCGAGAAACAGUUAACGGCCACUAACUGUCUCGGCGUUUUGGCGAUGGCGGAGGCGAUGCAGUGCACAGAACUCCACAACAUGGCAAAAGCAUUCGCCCUGCAGAACUUCCCCGAUGUGGCCGGUCAAGAGGAGAUCCUGAAUGUUUCCAAAGAAGAUCUGGUUAGCUAUAUGUCCAAUGACAGCCUGAACACUAAAGCUGAGGAGCUGGUCUAUGAGACGGUCAUCAAAUGGAUUAAAAAGGAUCCUGGCAACAGAGUUCAGCAUGUCUCUGAGCUGUUAGCGGCGGUCCGUCUCCCCUUCAUUCAUCCCAGCUAUCUGCUGAAUGUGGUGGACAAUGAGGAGCUGAUCAAAUCUUCAGAGGCCUGCAGAGAUCUGGUGAAUGAAGCCAAACGCUACCACAUGCUGCCUCACGCCCGCCAAGAGAUGCAGACGCCCAGAACUCGCCCGAGACUGUCGGCAGGUGUUGCCGAGGUGAUCGUGCUGGUGGGGGGUCGGCAGGUCAUCGGAAUGAACCAGCGUUCACUAACAGUCGUCACUUGCUUCAACCCACAGAACAACAAGUGGUACCCCCUGGCCAGCUUGCCUUUCUACAACCGCGAGUUCUUCUCCGUCAUAUCAGCGGGGGAUAAUAUCUACCUGUCAGGUGGCAUUGAGUCUGGAGUCACGCUGGCAGAUGUGUGGUGCUACAUGUCCCUGUUGGAUAAUUGGAAUCUGGUGUCUCGGAUGACAGUACCGCGGUGCCGGCACAACAGCGUGGUGUACGAUGGCAAACUUUACACCAUCGGGGGACUCGGAGUGGCCGGCAACCUGGAUAACGUGGAAAGGUAUGACACCAUCACAAACCAAUGGGAGAUGGUCGCCUCUUUGCCCAAACCUGUCCAUUCAGCAGCAGCGACAGUCUGUGGUGGAAAGAUCUAUGUGUUUGGAGGAGUGAACGAGGCUGGUCGCUCUGCUGGAGUUCUACAGUCUUAUGUACCUCAAACCAACACCUGGAGCUUCAUUGAGUCGCCCAUGAUCGAUAACAAAUACGCCCCAGCCGUGACGUUGAAUGGAUAUAUAUUCAUACUGGGAGGAGCGUACGCCAGAGCCACCACCAUCUACGACCCCAAGAAAGGAAACAUCAAAGCAGGACCCAAUAUGAACCACUCAAGACAGUUCUGCAGUGCUGUGGUGCUGGACGGUAAGAUCUACGUGACUGGUGGUAUCGUGAGCAGCGAGGGCCCAGCGCUGGGAACCAUGGAGGCCUUUGACCCCUGUGCCAACAUGUGGACACUACAGCAAAGCAUGCCCUGCCCACUCUUUAGACACGGCUGUGUGGUUAUUAAGAAAUACAUACAGAGUGGAUGAUGCUGACACAUGUGAAUAUGACUCUUCUGCACAUUCACGCCCGGGAUUAGACGUGCUGAUACAGAAGCCUGUCUCACUCUCUCUCACACACGCACCCACUGGGAAUGUAGAAGCUGAUCUGCUCAGUUGGGCGCACACGGGCCUUUAUGUAAUAUAGCGCACCUGACAGAGCUGUCACUCCAUGUUUGUCGUGGCUCUAGCCUUAAACUCUGUGGCCAUUUUCACUGAAGUACGAAAACAUUUUGCAUUGAACUUAAUUCCUUUUUAUCACCAUUCACAAAUUUCAGUAGCAGUUUUUGCAUUGCGGGAGUCGUCAUUGCUAACUUUGUAAUGUUUGCAUCAUUUUACUUUUCUUUGUUUUUUGAGCAAACGCACUUGAAAAUUACACUGACUGGUUGCAGGAAUCCGUGUAAGAGUUCACUCAGUCACACACAGAAGCACUUUUUAAUACAUGGACACAAUGUUACGCACUGAAACCCUGAAUGUAAGUGUACAAGCUUAAAGGAAUAGUUCACCCAAAAAUGAAAAUUCUGUAAUUGUGUACUCACCAUUUUGUUGACUUUUUUUCUCCUUAUGAACACAAUAGGAAAUGUUUUGAUAAAUGUUCAUGCUGCUGUGACUAGGGGCUGUCAAGCUCCAAAAGUGCCAAAAAAGCACCAUAUAUACCAACAAUAGUCCAUAGAACUCAUGUGCAAUAUUUCCAGUCUUCAAAAGUCAUACAAAAGCUUUCCAUGAUGAACAGAUCAAAAUUUAAAUCAUUAUUCAGUGAAAAUCUUGCCCUCGACUGCGGCCUUCAAAUCGCAUUCAUGUUCAAUGCUUAGUAGAUUACUUAUGAAAUGUAAUCUGGUAUGAUUACACAUUGCACAAAAAUUGUAAUCAGUAAGGUAAUCUUUUAGAUUACACUUUCUAGGUAAUCAAAUAUGGAUUACUUUUAGAUUACUUGUUGCAUUUUUUUAUGAAAAUAAAAUUUUACGUAUAUCAAGUAGAGGUCGACCGAUAGUGGAUUUUGCUGAUACCGAUAGCUAAGGUGGCAGAAAAAGGAAGAUAACCGAUUAAUCGGCCAAUAGUUUUUAAAAUUGAUUUUUAGAAUGUUAACAAAUUGUCUUAGUCUUUCCGUACUAUGACGUCCAAAACUAAUAAAAUGCCAAAAUGUUUAUUGUGCAACACGCUCAACAUGCCACGUGAUAAGAUGCGCGGAUUGACGGUCUCAGACGCAGAGGCAACUGAGAUUCGUCCUCCGCCACCCGGAUUGAGGCGGGUCACUACGCUACCACGAGGAUUUAGAGCGCAUUGGGAAUUGGGCAUUCCAAAUUGGGGAGAAAAGCAAUUAUCAACACAGAUUAAUCUGUAAAACAGAUCUAUUUGUCUACCUCUAAGAUCAAGUACCAAUUUACACUCCUUUCAUUAAAGAAAUAUUCCAGGUUCAGUACAAGUUAAGCUCAAUCAACAGCAUUUGUGACGCAAUGUUGAUUUCCACAGAAAUAUAAUUUCUACUCAGUAUUGUUUUUGCAUUGCACUUACAAUGGAAGUGGUAUACUGGGUGAACUAUUCCUUUAAUUAAAUAUAUUUUAGUUUUAUCUUAAGACACAAAUUAAUCAGACACAGGAAGAGAGUAUAUUAAUGGGAUUCUCUUACCAUGAGGAGUUUGUGAACAAUAACACAGAUGGAAAUAAUCUCACCUCCCUUCGACACCAUCCACUGGAAAAUCUUUAAUUUACGGGAUCUUGGACUGGAAUGUGAAUGCAGACUGGAUGCCUCAAACCGAACUGAUGUGAAAGUUGUAGCUUUGAUUUAGUUUCACAUUUUUCUUGCACGCUGCCAAAGCACAAACAGGAAGUCAAAACAGGAAGUGUUUGCCUUUAUUUCCUCUGCAUUGCCAAACGGUGAAGAUGGCACGACACGCUGUCCGACAGGGACAAACACUCUCAAUCUCUGUAAAUGAAAGUAAAGUUUAUUUUAGAAACUAUACGUGUUGACAAACUGUUUCUAGACAAAUGUAUAGUAUGUUAAAGAAAUGUAUUGUACAAAAAAAACAAGCUGUUAUUGUUUAAAUUAAUGAUUUAGUGCGUAAUCAUUAAUUAGAACAAUAAUACUCAAAAUACAAUGUACAUUCUUAAUGAAAGCA